ACACCCUGACUUAGAUUCAUGAUGCCGCUUCCCGCCACACACAAGCUACUCCUCUUCACUCUUCCAUACUUUUCCCUUGGUGUUUGCAAGUUCCUGGAUUUCUGCGGGUGACUCGACACACCACAUUCCUCCCGAAACAACCAACGCAGCCCAUUACACAUUACAGAUUAGGGCAUUCCAGUCCCUGAACAACUCCGGCCCAGCGGUUUCGCACUUUCUCUCUCUCGGUUUUCAUUUUCGAUACGCUCCAUCUCUGGCGGACGCUACCUACGAAGCACACAUCCGAUAUAUCAUGGCUUCCGGCCCGAACUCCAAUGUGACGCUGGCCCAGGCCAAGAUUUGCGUCUACUGCGGCUCUUCGCCAGGGAAGAACCCGGCCUAUCUUAAAGCGGCACAGGAAUUGGGCAAGCUCAUGGCCAAGAACAACAUCGCCUUAGUUUACGGUGGUGGCACAGUGGGGUUGAUGGGAGAAGUCGCCAAGACGAUAGUAUCCAUAUCAGGCCCCGAUGCGGUGCAUGGUAUUAUUCCUGAGGCACUCGUCAAAUGGGAGCGUGAUUCGACAUAUUCCGAUAAAACAGACGCCAACGGUUAUCACGUCCCGGAAGAACAGAUCUAUGGUCGAACGACGGUUGUCAAGGAUAUGCAUACACGAAAAUUGAUGAUGGCACGAGAGGUGAUUGAGGGUGGGCCCGGAAGCGGCUUCAUCGCGCUUCCAGGUGGCUACGGUACGAUGGAGGAACUGCUCGAGACGGCAACAUGGAAUCAACUAGGCAUCCACAGCAAGGGCGUCUGCUUACUGAAUAUCAAUGGGUUUUACAACGGCCUUACAGAAUGGAUCAAGACGGCGGUGGACGAGGGCUUUGUAAAAGCAGGCAACGCCGAUAUCUUGGUUUCAGCAACCGAUGCCGAAGGUGCGCUAAAGGCAUUACGAGAGUACAAGGUCUCAGACGCGCGGUACGGCUUAGACUGGAGUAGCGAGUAAAGGGGACUAUUACAUUAGAAUUAUCACAGGUGCCAUAGACAACAAUGUAUAGAUAACUAGUGCAGAGUCGAUCUGUGCUAGACGUACCAACUCCA